AUGUCAGUUUGGUUUUCACCAGGGACCCAACUGAAUCUCCCUUUCAUUGUGCUGCUACAGGCAGUCUUGCCGUGUGCUCCUGCUCCACACUGCAUGACCUUACGUCUACCUGGAUAUCUCCGAGAGGAGUUUUUCGAUUAUAAAAGCUUGUAUUGGUUUGCCGGACUCUCUUUGGUCCAGGUAAAGCACUCUUAUUCGGAUGAGUUGCUGCUGCAGUAG